AUGAAUACUUUGUUGUACACCAUCCACACAGUAGGCAACACUUUCCUGGACCUCGGAGACCUUGAGAUGACCACAUCUGUGCUGUCUGUGGCCAUACUGGCCCUAAAACUGCUGCUGACCACUGCUUGGAACCAGCAGCUGCAGAGUGAGCCUCAAUGCAUGCUACUGGCUAGCAUCCUGCUCUCAGACCUGGCUUACAUUGUCCUGCACAUGCACAGGUCCUCUAGUCCUGGUGGCUGGGAUCUGGGCCAGGCAGAUCAUAGCCUUCUCACUAAUGCUGUUUUUGCCACCUAUACCAGUGCCAUGCUGUCCUUCACAGCUACCGUGCUUCACACUUACCUGGAGUUCACCUCCCCUUUGCAUCUUCUCUCCUUCAUGUCCCAUGGGGCUGUCUGGAAGGCCAUAGUGUGCCUCUGCCUGGUGGCCUGUUGCUUCCCGGAGUUCCUCCGCCAGGACACCAGGUGGCAGGAGCAAAGGGCUUUGUACUGCCUACUGCUGAGCCUGGGUGCCCAACAUGGUGGGGAGGCCCUGGUGGCUGUCACCCGUGUCUGCAGUCUAUGUAUCAUCCUAUGCACAGCUCUCAUUGCCCACUGUUUCUGGAGGAUUUGCUUAGAGCCCAGGGUUUCAGGUCCCAGCAGGCAAGGCUUUUCCCAGGCCAAGGAGAGGCUAAUCAUCCACAUGGUACUGAUCACAUUGUACCUUAGUACAGGACUGAAGUUCUCCCUGAAUAUCAUGCUGACCAAGCGCCAGCACUUCGGGGCCAGGACCUUGCUGGCUGCCAACGGCAAGGUGCUCACAAUGCUUCCUCGUGCCUUGCUGCCCUAUCUGUAUAUGCUCUGCUACCACCAGAUGCUGGGAAUGCCCCAGGGCUGCUGCUCAUCCAGGUGGCCCAAGGUCAUCUCUGGGGGAAGUCGUGAGGCCGCAGUGCGGGCAGGAGGGGCCUGGGAUGAGAACCUGCGGCUCCGCGGAGAGGAGGAGACGCGGGGACCGAAGCGGGAAGCAACGCACACAAAGCGAGAAGGCCCGAGGGCCGGGCGGCGGCCGCCCUCCCAGCACAGCCCGCUCCGGGGUCCCGCGCGCGCCACCUCGCCCAGCCCCGGGGCCUGUGGCCGGCGUCCCACGGGUUGCGGGCCCGGUCCCGCCCCUGCCAUCGCCCGCUGCCGCUUAACCCUCGCCUGGCCGCCCCCGCGCGCCUCCGCCAAGCCCCCCGGGCGGCUGCGGGUGGGCGCGGGCGCGCCGCCUCCCUCCACCCCGCCGGGCGCGCGGCUCCGGGAGCUGACCGUGGUGCCGAGCGCGCGGCUCCGGGAGCUGACCGUGGUGCCGAGCGCGCGGCUCCGGGAGCUGACCGUGGUGCCGAGCGCGCGGCUCCAGCUCGGACGCCGCGCCCGGGUGCCCAGGGGACGGCCGCGCCCUGCCACAAUCCGGCCGCCAGCGGGCAAAAUGACAACACGGCAGCAGGUCUGGCAACCGCUUAGGGACACCGAGUCCAGUCAUCGCAAGCAGUGA